CAGCAUUUUUUCUCGAGAAAACGUGAAUGCGAAGUAGGCUCUGUGAAAAUUAUAAAAAAAUACCAAGAAUAAUGUUUUAAAAUUUAAAAAACCACAAGCAAAGUGUUAAAUAAACAUAGUAGCAUUGAAAUAAUAUAAAACUUUCGCCACAGAAAUAAAAUUGAAAAGAAAAACGUGAAUUUAAAAAUUUGCUCAAGAAAUUUCGUCACAGAAAAUUAAAGGAAUAAGAACAAGCAUUGGAAAAAAAUUCUGACCAUCGACGCACACACACAUUCGAACGCGUUAACGGCAUUACCAAAACACAAAAGUGUAAACAUAAACAAUAAGAAAACAACAAAACCAUCAGAAAACAUAAACAAUGGGUCGCCGGUGUUGCAUUACCGGUUGUACAUCCACGUCACGCUUGCCGGAGCAUCAUGGUGUUACUUAUCAUUCGUUUCCCGCUGAUCAAAAUGCACGCUCUAUUUGGAUACGUAACACGAAAAUCAGCUCAGAUCGUCAUAUUACCAAAAGUGUUUUAGUCUGCUCGCGGCAUUUUCGACGUGCAGACUUUCAGCCACAACGCAGUGGUAAAUAUUUGCUAAAGCAAAAGGUGUUUCCUACCGUCUUUCCCUGGGGUAAAAUAGAUGCAGCACAGAUUGAGGAAGAUUUGGAAUUUUUAAAUUCUACUGGCAACUCGGCACCCAGUAAUUUGUUGUCAACCUCCUCCACAGUAGAUGAAGAUACAAAAGCCACUGUGGCCGCCACGGUGGCUCAGAUAAUGGCUCAGACUGCUGAAUUAAAUGCUGCUGCGGGUAUUAAGUUGGAAAAGCCGGAGUCGGGAUUAGAGGAGUCAUUUAGUGAACCUGCUGUGGUAGCUACCAACCCCCCUACACCGCCCAAUGUUAAAUUUGAACCAGUUACCUCAUUUAACCCCGGAGCUAGACUAGAGGCCCAAGAUUUCGAUGGUGUUUGGCAUGCGGCCCGUAUUGUGGAAGUGGAUAAUGAUGAUCGUGAAGUUUUAAUUAAAUUUGAGAAGACGGGUAAAAAUAAAUCCACUAUGGCUGGUACUGAAGAAUGGAUUCCCAUGAAUUCAACACGUCUACGGCAGCGCAUUUCCACCAAACCUAUAUUGAACUUUGAAUUAGAGGAAAAAUGCUUGGCACGUUGGUCGGGACCACGCAAAUUUCCCGGUACUGUUAAGAAAAUCUUACCCAAUGAUGUUUAUGAGAUUCUAUUCGAUGAUGGUUAUAUUAAAAAUGUACGCGCUAUUCAUAUGAACAAAGUAGCAACAACAACAACAUUACUAGAACCAACAGUGAUGGAGACAAUACCAGCAGAAGUUCCGGCUGAUGUGCCUGUACCAGCUGUUGUUUUAGCUGAUACUGCAGAACCUUUGCCAGUAAUUCCCACUACUCAAGCUAUAAAAAGGCCUUCUUCGGGUCAGAAUUCUGGUAGUCAUACUAAAAAACGUACAGCCAAUGGCGGCAGAAAGGAUUGGCCUUUGUUGGAUUUGUCUAAAUUGGAUUUGUCCUCUCUUAAUCUUCCCGAGAUACCCAAAGAUGGUGAAUGGACUUGUCAUUGGGUUAAUGAUCAACCCAUUGGUCGUGAGGGUUAUUUAGUAGUGGGCGAACAUCGUAAACCCACAGUUAUAGUAGAAGAUUGGCGUCUGCCUCCCGGUUGGGUCAAGCAUAUGUAUCAACGUUCUAAUGUCUUAGGCAAGUGGGAUGUAAUAUUGGUAUCACCCAAUGGAAAACGUUUCAGAUCAAAACCUGAUCUCAAAUCCUAUCUGGAAGAGUUGGGUCAAAUUUACAAUCCAGAUAUAUAUGAUUUUAGUAUACAUCGUCGUCGUGCUAAGGAUAUUAAUUGUUAUGUAUAUACACCCGACUAUGUACCACAGCAGCCGGCUAAAUCUAAGUCUUCCUUAAAUACUUCGAUAGACACUAGUUUGGCAACUAAAACAUCAUCAAUAGUGGGAACAUUACCCACUGCUGUUUCCUCACCCUAUAUGGAAACUCCCAUAGCAGAACCUUUGCCACCUAUAGAAUUAUUAACUACUUCUUCUAGUAGUAUGGCGGCUGAAGAUAAAAGUGUCACCCAAGUAGAGGCAGAAGUACCGAAACAACUUUUAGAAGCAGCAGAAGUUAGUUCGACACCAACACCUACUUCAACACCCACGGUGGGUUUGAAAGAAGAGGUCGUGGUAUCUUCAGACUGUGCUACACCUACUCCAGUGAUUGCUGCUGCAGUUCCUCCAGCUUCAGUAGCAGCGCCUGCUGCGUUAGAGACUCAAAAAGUUGAUGAUGGUUAUGCUCUUAUUGGUGGCUUAAAAGUACAGAUUAUAGAUAAUCUAUUCCGUUGUCCCCAGGAGGGUUGUUCCAAGAAUUUCCGCAAAGAAAAUCAUUUACAAAUACAUGUCAAGCACUAUCAUCGCAAUUUGAUCAAAUUACUCGGCACCUGUCCCAAAAUGCUCGAACUGGCUGAAAAACGUACACAUCCUGUCGACAAUGAAGCCUCAGAACCGGUACCUAAAAAUCAAAUACCCAAUCAGCAGUUCUUUGCUAAAUUGCAUCAACAAGAUCUUGAACAAACUCGGGCUCAUCGCAGAAGUACUGGUGCCCUAAAGGCUUCUGUGGAUGCUGUACCAAACGAAAUUAAAAUCGAACCAACUGAAGAAACACCAAUUAAAGUUGAAGAUAAUAUGGAUACUUCACAAAAUGAUACUUCCAUUAAUACGGCUUCUAGUACAGUUUUGGAAAGUUCUUUUGCUUCGACUAGUGCAGCCGAUGAGACGGUGGCUUCAGCAGAUGCUUCCAUAGCAGCCGAGGCACCGCCCAGUAAACGUUCUAGGUUUUCACCAAGCAAAAGAACUCCGGGCUCUAGGAAAAGUAAUCGUCAAAGAACUACUAGAAAGUAUCUUACUGCAGCCCAGGCCACUGCAGGAGUGGUGGCUACUACUACCGCUGCUAGCGCGCCACUGCCGGUGCCUGUGGCAGACACCAGUUUUAGUGGUGUGGCUGAAUUUGAGGAAACCCGCCACUCCUUUAAUGCUACUCCCGAUAUUAAUAAAGAAGUCAAGAAACGUAAAACAGUUUUACCUUCUAACACACCCCUAAGUAGUGUGGAUUCUCCCAUUACCGCUGAUUCGGGAUCAAAUUCUUUCCAACCACAAAAUUCCACAGAAAAUGAUGCUAUCAACCAACCUCCUCCUCAGUACAUCAAAGAAAAUGGUGAAUUAAUUAAAAUUGUACACAUGCGCCAGGAAGAAAUCAUUAAUUGCUUAUGUGGCUAUUGUGAGGAGGACGGUUUAAUGAUACAAUGUGAACUUUGCCUCUGCUGGCAGCAUGGUCUGUGCAAUGGCAUCGAUAAAGUUUCACAAGUUCCAGAUAAAUAUGUCUGCUAUAUAUGUCGCAAUCCCCAAAGAUGUCGUGAAUCUUUACGCUUCAAACAUGAUCAAGAUUGGCUCUAUGAAGGCAAACUUCCUGUGGCUAACUAUCAUACUUCCAAUAAUAGUGUUUUAAACAAAAGGGCAGAAUACCUUAAACGUUCUCAUACUUUGACGGGCAAUCUAUUGGAGUUGAAAAACUAUAUGCACUCACUAAGAGUUAAAAUCAAUAUAGCCAAUAAUAAAUGUCAUCCCAAGCUGUAUUUGUGGGCUAAAAAAUGGGAUGAGGAUGAAGUGGUGGAUGUAAAAAAUGAAAUUAAACUUGAGGCGGAGGAUGAAAAUAAAACUAACAAUCCUGCUAUGCCGUUAACACCCAGCAAGAAAAUUAAAUCUGAACCCACAACACCAGCCAGACUGGUGCCCAAUAUACCACAACCCGAGGCAGCCAUAGAUCCCAGUGAGUGUCAGCAGCGUUUAAUGGAACACAUUAAGAUUCAGCAGGAAUUGGUAAUGGGACGUUUGAGUGACAUAGAAGCAGCCAUAGAUGUUUUGGAAAGUGAGGAUGAUUUACCCGAUUUACGUGAAGACGAUUUGGGUGCCACCAAAGAUGUUCUGGCUGCUUUCAUUAAAGAAUUGGAUACGGUUAAACAAAUUGCCAAGCUUAAUAGUUUGGAACAUACAAAAUUGGCCUAUAAGAAUCCUAUACCUCCAGCAGUUAAAUAAUUUUGCUGAUCAUUUCCUUUCUUUUCUUAAGGAAUUUGUUUUUACUAUUUUAUAAUUUUAUUCUUAAUUUUUUUUGCUUAGUUUAUUUAGUUUAUUAUAAUCAAUCGUUUUAAUUUGCUAUAGCUUUUUAAAAGCUAAUUGCUAUUCCUUGUAGAUUUUUUAUAACUUGUUUUAAUUGGUGAAAUAAAUUUUGAAUAAAAAACCCCCCUACCCCA